AUGCCCCCGCGCGACGAACGGCGUGUGCACUGGGACGACCAGCCGUACCAGCGGCAGCGCCGGCCCUCCUGGCACGGCGGCCUCGUCCCGCCGCCCAACCCGCAACCAUUCCCCUCACCCCCGAUCAUCCGCCGCGCGUCCGACAGCUGUCUCCCACAGCCGGCGUGGGUGACGUUCCCGACGAUGGUGCAGCCCGUCGCGUUCCAGCAUCCCUCCCCGCCUGCCCCGGCGAUCCACCCUCUGCUUAACGGCGAGAAUGCGGGCGGGCCGAUGCUCCUGUUCGACCUGUCGCUCAACACGUUCAGCCCGCAGCGCGUGACCUCGCUCUCGCAGACGUCCGGCACCCCGCUCACGCUCGACGAGCUGCGCGAGCCCGCGACGUACCCGACCGUGCACCGGAUGACGAUCAUGUGCGACCGCAUCCCCGAGUGGCCGAUCGUGCUCGAGCCGCAUUCCACGUCGCGUGAGCGGUCUCGCGAGCGGUCGCCGUUCCUCGGGGUGCCCGCGGGUCCGGGCAUGGACGAGCCGAUCACGGUGUACGACGUGCUGAUGGCGAUCCACCGGACGGUGCAGCGGCAGAUCUCACACGUCGACUGGGCGCGGCUGUCGAGCACGCAGACCCGCGCGGUGUCGGCGGCGUACACGCGGCGCUGCAGGACGUUCCCCAGCGCGGCCGCGUUCGAGGAGGCGCAGGGCGUGCGGCGGGUGGAUUACUUGCUGGACCAGUACAUGUUCCGCGGGCUCGUGCGGGACAACAUGCGCGACGGGUUCUCGAAGAUGAAGCUGAUCCUCGGGCCUGGGUCGAAUUCGCGGUAG